ACACACUUCAGACACAGUGACUCAGCUUAGACAGAGAUGGCUUCCUCUGGCCAUGAUGUUAGUACUUCUUUCGUGAUUCUCAUUCCCCGAGAGACAUCUGCCAGACAAAGGAAGCGGGCCUCUGCCCGGGCCACAUCCUGCUGGAGUUGGGUGUGGGGAGAGGAACGAAAAGAGGCAAACGAAGACGAUCAGUUAGAGCCGAAUGGCUUUGCAGUCAUCAAAGCUGAUCCUGGCCAGGUGUUCUGGUCUGCUCAGGUGCCCGCAGAUAGCACUGCUCCUGCACCACAAACCACUGAUGACACUAUGUUUCUUGGUGUUGUUCCCUGCCCGGAUGCUGAUCUCAUUAGUGGGGCAUCACUUCAGAGCCAUGAUGCUGGCAAUUGCUCUAACCUCAUGGAGGAGACCAGGACUUUCUCAUCAACUGAAAGUCUUCGACAACUUUCUCAACAGCUCAAUGGCCUUGUGUCUGAGGUACCACAGGAUUGGGAUCCAGAAAGAAAGUAGAGAGGAAAGGAAAGUAUAUUAGAAAAUGAGGCAGGAAUUCUCAAGAGACUAAUUCAUGAGAGGUUCUUGUCAUACUUGGAGAAGACUUGUAUUUGGACCACAAUGGGCAACGUGAUUUUAUCCUGGUAUGAUUCGAGAUAACAGCUGUUGAGCAGCAGGGUUGAGCCGUGUGGGAUAAGAGCCAUGAGGAAUAGCACAAAGCGGGUGUGAGUGAGUAGGAAAGCAGAUUCUGUUAGUUGACGAGGAAGUAGGAGGCUGCAGGGAUUAGACGUUGAGGGUCACAGAGCAUCUCCAUGUGAGGUCUCUCCUAAUCUACAUCCUACAUCAACGGGGAGGGCCUCACAUCUUCCAGUAUGAAGACCAUGGACUACAUGAGACCCUGUCUCAAAAAUGUCAUGGGGGGUAGGGGACGCUUGGAAUGUAGCUCAGCGGGCACAAGGCUCUGAGUUCAAUUCCCAGAACCAAAAUAGAAAACAAGAUGUCGUGGGAUCACAAAAGUAUGUCUGAGCAAUACUUAACCAAUAUGAGACACUUGGGGACAUCCAGGUGAGAAACACACCUAUACAACAGAAAGACAGACAGACAGACAACAGUGCUAUGGGCAUUCCCAACUGGAGACAGCAUAUACAGAAGCCAGAGACAGGAAUUCCAUUUAGUUGAGAAGCAAGCAGGAAUAGUGACAGGCAAGCUGAUCCAUUCAGAUCCUUGGUGUGAAACAAGAGCCUCACCUAAAUGAAUCUUAACCAGGCUCUUCUUUUGCAUGGAUCACAGGAACCAGGGGCACUGGGAAGGAAAACAUCCCUAGAUCCAGAUCUGUGUAAGCACAGCUUUCUCAUGUGCCAUAGCAGGCACUAGCCUCCAGGGGGCAGUGUCCACCCAGUGAUGUGCCCAUCAGAUGAGCUAGCAUGGGCAGCCUCUCUUCUGUGGGCCCUUUGAGUCCCAGUCGCAUCUGUGCAGGCCACGAGCUGGAUCUUUCAGCUCUCUUCCCAGGAGUCUCAAGGGAGCAGUAAGGAACCACCUGGUUGGAAAAUCUGAGCUGACAGAGAAGGCAUGUAUACUAUACACUACCUCGUUAUAUCUGCUGAAACCCUACUUGAAAACAUUCGAGAGCCAGGUAUGAAGGCUCACACCUGUAAUCCCAACUCCAGAGGCUGAGAAAAGAAAGAACCAGAGUUCAGGGCCAGUCCUGCCCUCCCUACAUAGCCAGGCUCUGUCCAAAAAUACAAAUAAAUUAUCCCAGUGAUUGCCAAA